AUGGCGCUGCGCAGCAUCGCCAGGCAAGCGGCACCUCGGUGUACUUCCUCGCGGCGCGCUACACGUUCUUCAGGGUUUCGCGAUCGGCAGCGACGAGCGACCUGGUGAAAUCGUGUCGCGUGUCCGCUCGUCGCGUCGUGUCCAGGUCUGACCGAGGGUCGUGUGAACGCGGUGCUCCACAUAUAUACAUACAUACAUACACAUACAUCCUCUUCGCGAUCACUCUCCUUACUCUCUUUCUUUCUCUCUCUUCCUCUCCUUCUCUCUCUCCUUCUCUCUCUCUCUCUCUCUCUCUCUCUCUCUCUCUAUCUCUCUUCGUAUUCUCCGACACGGCCGACAUCGACGGUAAGGAAGACCCGAAACUGAAAAACGCUGCAAGUCGCGCGCGUGCUUCGACAGUUGGGUGACACGCCACGGGAGUGACGUCUCCUCUGCUCGUUGAAUGCGCGCGGUUUAUCGACGCGCGGCCGGUGCUGUGUGUACGCGAUCCGGACAGCAGUGACGCGAGUGACAGCAGCAGCGAUUCACCGUGAUCGUCGGCACGUCGUUGAAGGAGAGCGCGACACACGCUCGCUCGGCCGACUUGCCCGCGCCGCCAUCGAUCGCGAAGGUCGCGAGGCUGAAGGUCGUGAGUUUCGGGGAUUCGUCAUCCCCGGGAUUAUACGUCUACGCGUGUUCGCCGAGGCUCCUCGCCAAGAGUAACCACCCGCGACUUUGGCCGCGACGCCGUCCGAGAGCGCGCGCUCGCGCGUCUUCUUCUGUGAACCGCGUCGUGUCGCGUCGCGUCGACCUACAGACGAGCCGUUUCGCACAAAGGGUGCGAGCAGAGGGCUCGAGUCAGCCGCUGGUGCACGCACCAGGUGAAUCGAUGCCGCACGAAGGGUGGCGAAGAAGGAGGUGGUAGUGAUAAUCGCCAAGGGCGCUCGUGCACGAUGUCGCGGCGCGGCCAGACACGUGACUGAGAGAUAGCUGCGGCAACUGGAGGGAUCCUUCUGGUGAGGACCUUCGCGGGUCCUCCACCGGGGAAUCGACAUCGGCGAAGAUAGGCGGGGGUGAUCUCCGCGGGUGGAUCGAGCUGGAAGCGGCUGGGUUUCGUCGCGACGCGCUACCACGAGUAACAAUGUCCUAGCGAAGGCAGGACCUUGUCUAGGCCGAUCCCCCUCAUCCUGCUCCACUUCUCUUCCACGAACCUUCACACACCCCGUCGGUCCCGGUCACCACGUAUACCAAAAGUACAACCCGCCCGUCGUCGUCGCGUUCCACCGUUACACGCGUGUUCACGCUGAUACACACGUUAUCGGGCGCGCGUACACGUACACAUACACGGUACGGGUACAUAUGCAUUAGACGGAGGAGAGAGAGGGAGAGGGUGAGAGAGAAACAGGGAAAGACAGACGUUCGUGUAAACGCGAGAGACGAGAGUAGGAUAGGAAAGAGGUGACGUACACACACACACACAAAUACACGCACGCACACAUACACACGCGCGCACGCACAUACACGUAUAUAUACUUUCAACGGCUUCUUUUCUGCCUCUCUCAUUCUUUAACGUCGCGGACGCGCGGCAUCGUGCACACGCGCAGGCUGUCGGCAUCAUACACACGAGGACACAAACGUACAAACGUACACACGCGGAUAUAGACAUCGGGUGGCACAUACGCGGUGGCACACGGGCGCGAGCUUCCCGAAUCCAGCCAAGUCCAAAGUCCUUAAUCCCGUGGGGUGAUCCUGGCCCCACCCGUACGCGAAGGAACCACACCCCAGCGCGAGAGAGUGAGAGAGGAGGAGGAAUUCACGAUCCGGAUUUAGCAGACUCCUGGUGAUGAGAGCGACACAUUGCGGGGGUUAAAGUGGCAGCCGAGAAGGGCGAAGAAGUGGCGAGGCUCGUGAAAAUCGGCAUCGGGGGCGUACGAUCCGGGCAGCGGUAGUGGUGGCGGAGCGGCAGGGGUACUAUGGGAGCGGGGGUAUGGGGGGCGGAGGAGGGCUACAAGCCACGGACCUCCGGCGAAGGCUCGAGUUCCAGUGUACCGGAGGAACUUGUUCGCAGAGUCUUCGGUCCCUAAGGCACGACAGCUACCAUGCUACCGAGGAGAACGCCGCGUGCGACGACCACGAGGACAGGGGGACUGACCACGAAGCGGUCAUCGCUUCCGGUCAGCCCACCUGCACAAGCUGCCGGCCGUAUAGGCGCCAGGAGAACGAAGCGGUUGAGAAAAAGGAGAGUCUGAAGCGACGCAUGCCCGAGACAGAUGGGAUCGGCGCGGUGUACCGGAAGCUGCGGCUUUGUCUGGGCCUUUUCGAGCACGCGGGUAAGAACGAUGAGGACGACGACGAUGACGACGACGAAGGGAAGAGGCAUCGGUUACGGUGGUGUCGCAGGGACUUCCGACGAAUCGCGGAAGUGGCGGCAAGGGCUCUACUCCUUGGCAUCGCGCUUCUCGUCACACCAGGACUCUGCCAGCAGGACGCGGUGCACAUUACGGCUAUCCUCGGCGAGAGCGUUGUCUUCAACUGUCACGUAGAGUUCCCCGGUGAGCACCCAGUGCCCUACGUUCUCCAAUGGGAGAAGAAGGUAGGCGACACGGAGAUACCGAUAUACAUAUGGUACGAGUCGUAUCCGACCCACAGUGGCGAAGGAUAUGAAGGUCGUGUCUCGAGGGUGAGCCCGAAUUCACCGUACGGCGGGGCCAGCCUCAAUCUGACCAACAUCCGCGAGAGCGAUCAAGGAUGGUACAACUGCAAGGUCGUCUUCCUCAACAGGUCGCCCAACAAUCACAAGAACGGUACCUGGUUUCACCUAGACGUCCACGCGCCACCCAAAUUCAGCAUAACGCCGGAUGAUAUGAUAUACGUGAAUCUGGGCGAUGCGAUAAUACUGAACUGCCAGGCUGAGGGCACUCCGUCGCCCGAGAUCCUUUGGUAUAAGGAUGCGAAUCCCGUUGAACCAUCGUCGACCAUCGGUAUAUUCAACGACGGCACCGAGCUGAGGAUCUCGAUGAUUAAGAACGAGGACAUUGGCGAUUACACCUGCAUCGCCAGGAACGGAGAGGGCCAGAUCAGUCACACCGCGCGCGUCAUCAUCGCAGGUGGAGCCGUUAUUAUGGUGCCGCCGACGAAUCAAACGAAGCUGGAAGGCGAGAAGGUGCAGUUCUCGUGUGAGGCGAAGGCCCUUCCGGGUAACGUGACGGUGCGCUGGUUUCGCGAGGGUGCCCCUGUCACGGAAGUUUCGGCCCUGGACACCAGGGUGUCCAUCAAGAUGGACGGCAGCCUGGUCAUCAACCCUGUCAGCGCCGAUGACUCCGGUCAAUAUCUGUGCGAAGUCACGAACGGCAUUGGCGAUCCUCAAAGUGCCAGCGCUUAUCUGAACGUCGAAUAUCCGGCGAAGGUUACGUUCACUCCCACCAUCCAGUACCUGCCGUUCCGUCUGGCCGGUGUGGUCCAGUGUUACAUAAAAGCCAACCCACCCCUGCAAUACGUAACCUGGACCAAGGACAAGCGCCUACUCGAGCCUUAUCAGACGAAGGACAUCGUUAUCAUGAACAACGGCUCCCUGCUCUUUACACGGGUCAAUGAGAAUCACCAAGGCAGAUAUACCUGCACGCCUUAUAAUGCCCAGGGCACGCAGGGCAGUUCGGGUCCGAUGGAGGUCCUCGUGCGGAAUCCGCCUGUCUUCACCCUCGAGCCAGAACCAAUGUACACGCGAAAGGUGGGCGAAACGGUCGAGAUGCACUGCGACGCACAGGAGGCUGAGGGAACGCAGAAACCGACGAUACAAUGGCAUCGGAGGGAGGGACCCAUCCAACGCAAUCGCGCGAAGACCAUUGGCGGCAAUCUAACUAUAGAGGGCCUUCGACGCACGGACUUCGGACUGUAUCAUUGCGUCGCCUCCAACGAAGUCGCCACAAUCUCGUCCUCGACGCAGCUGAUUGUCGAGGGCACGCAACCCCAUGCUCCUUACAACGUGACAGGCACUGCCACGCAAUUCUCGGUAACACUAAACUGGUUACCAGGCUAUUCCGGCGGUCCUGAUUACAAGCAAGAUUAUACUAUCUGGCACAGGGAAUCAGGAACUUCGGAAUGGAAGACAAUCCCCGUGACUCCGUCGGGCAGCACAACGGUGAUGAUUAACAGACUCACGCCUAGCACGCUCUACGAGUUCCGGGUAGUCGGGAAGAACGCUCUGGGCGAGGGAUUGCUGAGCGAAGUCAUCACAGUUAGGACUCGUGACGUUGCCCCGAUUCAUUCGGCGACCCCCUCCUCGAGUGCUGGCCAAGCCGCAGCUACGGAUCAAAGUGACAUCCUUGAUUAUAGCACACUCAUAUUACCGACCGAUUCCACAGGAAACCCCGUGUUUCCAACCAUCAUACGACCGAAAGGACCAAAGCCAGGUACACCCCGGAACCUCACGGUGACGGAAAUCAGCAACGGUUUCCUGAUAACCUGGCAACCUCCUUUGAACCGUAGUCAUCUUAUUCAAUACUACACUAUCAAGUACAAGACGGACGGACCUUGGAAAACGCUCAACAAGGGCCAAAUACGACCCGAGGAGACCAGUUAUUUAGUGAAGAACCUGGUCGGUGGUAGGACCUACUAUUUCCAAGUGUUCGCCAACUCGGCUACAAAUUAUGGCGCGAGCGACCAGGUGAAGUUCCCCGUGCCGGCUCGCGUUAAACACAAAGCGAUCACCGCGGGCGUCGUAGGCGGUAUCCUCUUCUUCCUCGUCGCCAUCAUCCUCAGCAUAUGCGCGGUGAAGAUCUGCAAUAAGCGGAAGAGACGAAAACAGGAGAAAGAACUGCUUUCAGCGUAUAACAUGGUGGCCUGCCGGGUCACCGACGCCAGGAACGGCGCAGGGCAGGGGUCCCAGGGAACAGUGCCUUUGAAAAAACCUAGAAAAAGCCGAGUACCAGGUUUAAGCCUCCUGCGGGAGAUCCUCAGCCCGGAUACCCCGGACUCGUGCCGCGGUCGUCCGCUGGGUAAGAUCUCCCGAGCGGCCGACGGCCGUUUCGUCGUGGCGGACUCGGUCCUCAGUUCGGCCAACAACAGCAUCUUGGACGCGUCCAGCAGCGAUGACGGUGGUUUCCUGCCAAAGCAACGGCUCAAGUCCUCGUGGCGGCGGCCGUUGGUCGGCACCAGCCAGCUCAGCUUGAGAUCCGACGGUAGCGGCGUGUCCAUCGGCCCAUUGCCGUCGAGUCAUCAUCACGGUGCCGUCAACUCCCUCGCGAGGAUACCACCCACCGUCUGCACCAUCUCGUCGCCCAGGUUCCUGGCUAGCUCGCCGAGCGGAGCCCAAGUCCCCUGGACUCCCCUGUACUUCAGCGAUCUCAGCUCCGUCAAGCAGCCAUCCUCUGGCGAACGUUCUUUCCCGACGCCACCCGGCUAUCUUCAGCUACGAAGCGUGCACCAGCGGUACAGCCAAGAGCUACCGUCGCUCAAGGCGAUCCACGCCGAGUCCAGGCGAUUCGUGCCGGUUCAGCCGCUGGCUACGUCCUCGCCGCCGCAACCAGCUGGACGACCCAGAGCGAGACUGCCGCCGAGGCACGCUCGGCACGCCAGAUCGGCGCCAGAGCUCGCGGCAUCGCCUGAUCUGGAGACUUCACCCGAGAGCAGGUCGAGCAGCUCCGGUUUCGGCAGCAAGAACACCUCGCAGCAGAACCAAAGCUCGAGGAGCGGCAGUACCGUCGCCGAAUGGCGCCCACCACCCUACAGGCCACCCCCGCCGCCCUUAGUGGGCCGUUGGCUCGAGCUCCAGGAUCCAACCAAGGUGGCUCACACGCACAUACAGAACGCCGUGGACGCCGGUAGCGUCGACGGCCACUACGAGUUCGAUCCGGUGUCGUGCACGCCGACACCCACGUCGGCCUCUACGCCCACGAGAGAGGAGAGGCCGCCAGUGCAUCAGAUCCACACCAUCCACGUUCCCCACAUUCAUCAAGUGCAUACGGUGCACCAUCAAGCGCCGAGGUACAGCAGGGACAACAUAGAGGCUAGGGUACAGGCAAUGAAGGCGGAGUUCCAUCAGUUCCGGCAGAGACAGGCGAGGAGGAGGCAGAGCGCGCAUUUGGAAAGCGCGUGUUGAAGCGACUCAAUAGUGCCCCAGGCAGACUCGACAACGGUUCGGAUAUGUUAAUGCCGCGCGAACGAACGAGGCUGUCGACUCGGAGAACGAUUCGAAGGCGCCGUCCUUGCAGCCGCGUCAACUUCGAAGGUCGAGUACGCGACCAAGAGGAGGAAGAAGACACGAAGAGGUUAGCUCAGCUCUCGGGAUGGUGUAGUGGAUAGUAGUGACAGAGCAGCAGCAGCAACUCCGUGCUACGAAGACGGAUAAAAUGUGAUAAAACAACACGAUCUACGGUGUGAGAGAGAAAGAGAAGUGAGACCAGGAUAUACGAGAGACCGAGAGCAACACUCAAAGAGUACCGACGACAGAAGGGGGAACCUAGAUAUCGCUCGUGUGACUAGAUUUUGGUACUGGCUUUUAUCUAUUAUAUAUAGAAGACCGCGCGUAUCAACACGACGAAGACUACGACGAUGACGACGGUGACCUACGACUUGGACUACACGACUACGACUGUGACUGCUACGACAACAGCAAUGACGACGACGACGACGACGAUGACGACGCGAUCAUCACUGAAGACCAACCGCCGCAGCACAACGAGGAUCAUCAUCAUACGUGAAAUCCACAUUAGAGGAGUUUAAGUCAAUUCUAGUAGCUGGACAUCCAUCUACAAAAGAAGGCUGUUAUAAGCAUCAGCUCAGGAUACAUAAGUUUCGCACGACCAUGACGGGAGCGACGUAGUAGAGCCGUACGUUAAGACGAUAAUCCUACGGGGAUCCCGCCCGUUACCGAUUAAGAGAGGACCGUCGAUUGUCCUUCGGGGGAAAGCAAUCUCGAUAUCAUUUACCCGGGGGGCGAACUCUAUAUACCCAGCGACGCUCAGCGACACCGAUCGCGCUGGGACGAUUAAAAUAGAAACGAAGUGCGUAAACGAAAACAUUCGAAUCCGAUUAUUAUUGGUCAUAUCUCGCGUACACCAACCGCGCCUACGUCCGGUUUAGAGGACCGUGAUUUUUAACGUUAUUAUAUAUAAUAAUGUAGAGAGGAAUAUACCGAAGAGAGUUCUCACGCGAGGAGACACGAAUAUUAAAAAAAAAUAAAUAAAUAAAGAAAACAAAUAAAAAAGGGGAAGGACAUUUUUUUUAACUCAGUGGAAAUGUCCCAGGGGAUAGGAAGUGCGCAGAGAGAAGAGAGAAACACUCCCGGCCGGCUCAAAGGGAUGCUAACGAUUGUAAAACGAUGUCGUCUCGCGUCGCGACCGGGACGAGCAGAACGGAGGGGUGAAAGGACGGGAGGGCAGAGAUAGGGAGAGGAAGGAUAGAUACGUCGGCAUGAUACUCCAAAGAAACUGUACCACUGUACAUGCUCCGUAUACCUUUUAAACGAAAUGUAAGAUUAAACUUAAUCUCGUACACUGUAAGUAAUAAUUAAAAACGAAAGAAAAACAAAAAAAGUAAGAUAUUCGAAAAGAAUUACUACACACACACACACACACACACACACACACACACACUCAUUCACUCAUAUACACUCGAACACGAAACACACUCGGACACAACAAACACAUACACACACACAUACACACGAGAUAAAAAAAAGUAAUUAUAUCGAUGAGCAAUGGACUCGAAACGUGAUAUUAGGCCGAAGCUUGCCUCGAGAUUGCUUAAGGACUCACUCGUACUGCACUGCCUGUUUAGGGUUUCGCUAGCGACCCAACAUAUUAUCGGCACAAUAAUUUUUCUUAAGCAACGUAAAACGAGAAUAAGAGUAACAAGUUCUUUGAAUUUACGCGCACUCGGCCGAUACCGUGCGUACGAUCGCGCGCCUGCACGCUCGCCGUAUGCGCUGUCACGUCAUUGACAGCGCGCACGGUUGUCGUCACGUCAGAGUCACUCCGGUCGGAGACUACCGGUCGCUCUUUUCGACGAUACGAUCGUCGACGUGAACGCACUCGACGACGAACAACGUCGAGUCGGACUUUGAAAAAACAGGCGAAAACGAAAUUAAAAAUAAAACGAAGUAUAGAAACAUGGGGGAAGCAUCACACACAUACACACACACACAUACACACAUGCAUACACACAAACACGCAUAUACAUACAUACGUGCGAAGAUGAAAAAUCGUUCUCUCAACGAACUGCCAAUAAAACGAGAUUUGACCGCGCGCGCGCGCGCGCGAUUCCACUUCGCGUACGAAUCGUCGAUGGGCAUAAAUAGGGGUAAAAUUCGAGCGAUCGAGCGGAAAAGGGCGGCCGAUAGAAGUACACGCGGCCAUCACGCCGGAAGGAGCGUACGCGCGCGCACACACACGCGCCCAUCACGCCGGAGUUCGUGUGUAUUAGGGAGAAAAGGAAUUAUAAAUACGCAAGCGUGCACAUAUACACACAAUCGACACACACAUACACACACAGACACAAACACGCAGCGAAAAGUCACACGUAAAUACAGAUACACAGUCACACGCGACAAAGAGAACACAGGUACACCCCUCACACACGACAUACAACAAAUACAAAACACACAUGCGUACACGAUACGAGAGAUAGGCGUUCUUCAAGACCCACCUAAUUCUCACCAAACGCAUCAAAUCAUCUCGAAUCGCGGAAGUCGGGGGCCGGCGAUCGCCGAUCGCGGGGGUUUUCGGGCGAAUCUACGGGCUAAUCAGUGUGUCGAGCUGCACGACCUAACGCGAGAACGUGUUCCUCUCGUUCGAGGACGUCUCCGACGAGCGAGGAGGACCGACGGCGCGCUCGUUCCUCUUACUCUUUUUUUCUAAUUUUCUGUACACGCGCGACCGAGAAGGCCCCCACGUGGAGUCGCGAUCGGCGCGGCCCGCGACUCCCGGGCGUUUUACUUUCUUUAUAGUACAAACACUUAUUUAUACGCGUACGUAUUAUACAUACUUAUUAUAAAUAUUAGCAAGGGCCCUACUCACGAUUCAACUAUACUUCGACGAAUGCCGUAAUGCCGAGAGGAAGAGCAGAUUGUGAGAGAGAAAAAGAGAGAAAGAGAGAGAGAGAGAGAGAGCGCAAGGAGAGAAAGAUACGCGGCGUAAACGCCGUCGAAACGGGACGUUGUGUUGUUAUAAUUUCGUUAAAACGUGCGUAUGUGCGUGUACAUGCGCUUGCGUGUGUGUCUGUUCGCCAAUCUGUCUGCGUGCGUGCGUGCGUGCGAGGUACGAAAGGAGGAGAUGAAUGAAGUGGCGAGAAUGUGCAAAUGAAGUGAGAAUGAGAGAGAACGUUAUGUAUGUGUGUGUAUGUAUGUGUGUGCGCGCGCGAAUGCGACUGUUAAACAAAAAUAAAGUGUAAUGUAACACACGGUCAUACGCAGAGACAACAAGAGAAUAAAAAUAAAAAAGAAGGAGAAAAAGAGAAUACGAUAAAAGUUAAGAGAUAACGGAGGUGACGCGAAAGAGUACCAAUAUUCUAAAGUAAUUCUAAUGGUUGAAUUAAUAAUUUGAUAAUUAAUUGAUAUUGUAAAUCGUAAACGACGUAGCGUGUAGCGUAUUAAUCAACGAGAGCGAUAAACGCGGCGUGUUAAUUAAUUAAUUAAUUAUUAUAUCCGCGAAAAUCACACGCGAUGGGAGACGCAUACGAGAAACGGGGGAGGAGGUGCGAAUGAAAGGACUUGCGCGCGUUUAACGGUAAACCGACUGCUGUCUCAUCGCGCUGGGAUCGCGAGAAAUUGUUCAAAUGCGUAAUUAUAAACAACAAAUGCACUACGGAUGCACGAGAUGUAACGGUGGAAAGAAAAGAAACGCUUCCGACAACGUGACGGGAAACACGUGAUCGUGCUCCAUGAUCUUAUUACGAAGAGUCUGAGUCUCAGGACGAGUCGACGUCAUCUGGUUCCCUUCGACAGACACCCUCUCCCCCAUCCGCGAAUGGAUGAAUGUGAGAGAAGAAAUCGUGGACGCGAGAGGAGGUGAUCCAACCAACCGAUAUAGUUGUAUAAGUAACGUGUAGAUAUAUCAUAGUUAGAUACAACGAUCUCAAAAAGGUCACGCUGUGUGGACGUUCGUGAUAAAUGUGCGGGAAUGAAAGCGUAAGGAAGAAUGAGAGAGAGCAAGAGAGAGAGAGAGAAAGAAUGGAGAGAGGAGAGAGGGAAAACGAAUCGUCUACACACACAAUGCGGUCGUAGUUACGUUUCAAAUUUGUAGCAUUAGUUUGUGAAUCGAUCAUGUAUUUAUCUUUGUUCAAAAUGUUCGUGAAAAAUGAAAAGUUUCAUUGACGAAUUCCACAAAACUCUUCAUUUUUCACAAGUUUAUGAGAAGGAAAUAGAUACACGCUCGAAUUUAGUAACACAGAUUAGUGCUACGACUUUGAAACGUAACUAUGACCGCAUUGCAGGUAACUUUUAAACGUGCGAGGAAGAGAAUCUUCCUCGAGACGAUUCUGCGUGUUAUCUUCGAGUCUAUCAUACAGCACGGAAAAAGGCUCAUAUGUAUGCGAAGGUGAAUACGUCCGUGUAACGAGUCCAAGGAUUUGAAUAUAGAAUUAUGAGAAAGAGAGAACGAGAGAAUCACACUGUGGCUGCGAGAGAAGGAGGGAGGGAGGGAGGGAGGGAGGGAGAGAGAAAGAAGCAAAAAGAAACAAUUGAAUAAACGAGAGAAAGAGUGAGAGUGAGAGAAAUGGCGUAUUGCUUGACGGCGUGUUUAUGGAUGAUAUGGUUGAAUCGUGAAUCCGUUCGUGUAAAGUUCGUCGUCACACGUCGCGACAAUUUCGUUCGACCUGAGUUCCUUCUUCGUGACCCCGUGCGAUUUAUGUUUGUCGCGAAUGUCGUCGGUGUCGCGCCCCUUUGCGUCUCUUUCGCAAAGGCACUCGUCGUUGUAUCCUCGGCGCGUUAUAUCCAGCGCGAGACCGCCGUUCGCGGGAUUAAUUAAUUUUAAGCGUUCUGUUCUCGUUACGUACCUGAAAGCCAGUCGGCGCGACACUUCGCACGAAAAAUCGCAAGCGAAAUUCUCUGGGCCCUCGAAGCAGUACGUUCACACGACAGGGGGAGAGAGGGAGGGAGAAAGGGGAACGGGGAGAACGUCGGCGAGAAUUUGACAUCGCGCGAGAAUAACGCGGCCGCAGCUCCAUACUUGCGUAAUUAUCGACGGAUGGAUAAUUUAUGUGUAUAAACCGGUGAAUAAUUAUAAAUAAAUACGUCACGCGCGCGACACGCGAGAGAUCAUAUGUACGAGAAGAUAAAGGGAGAUAUUCGCGAUGAUGUGUCGUACGUACUGUUGCGCUAAAAAAGAAUUGUGUAAAAAGUUUAUUAUGUGUAAGCCGCGCGCGUAAUUAAAUUGCGAACUCGUUCUGAUCGUUGUGAAGCAUCGGGCAUACUUCAGCACACCCGCGGUGUGAUAAAUAUUCGAAUUAUCCAGUUACAACAUUCCAACUGCGAAAGAGCUCAACGACGACACUGCUUCGAGGUUCUCCGCGCAACGCGCGCGAAAUGAUAAUUUGACGUGACACAUGCCAGUUGUACUUGGCAACGACUAGCGACACGGUCGGUCGCAUGAAAUUGUGCCGCUCGUUCGACGCAUUUUAGUCAAAUCCAAUGGCUCUCGGGUACUGAAUUUCGCUUGGAUCUGCGACCACCUGUUUACGUAAGCCUCGACUCGUUUGGGAUCUCUCGCGACAUAAAAUAUUCUUUUUUUUCUCUUUUCGCGUUAAACGAGAGACACAGAGAGGUAUCUUCUGUGACGUAUUCAAGGGUGCGUCGCAGUUCCAAGCGCGGCAAUUCGAGUGCUAUCAUCCGUACACUGGCGAUGCUCUAUUUGUAACGACAUCUGUUGCGCCGAAUUGAAUUCGCGAAAUGAAAACAAAAAGGAAACAAAAAAAAGAGACACAGAAGAAGGAAAAGAUAUUGUGAAUAAUAUCCUUUAAUUCUCUUUCUACUGACGUUUGCUUUUUCUGUUGAGUCGUCGGGGUAUACUUCCACACUUGUAAUCGUUAGCUUUCUCACGUCCUACAUCGAAUCGCUUCUAUACAUACAUGUAAUGUUCUUCUGUACCGUCUGUCUUCACUUCCGCUUAUUCUCGACUAUAUCCGCCGUCGAACCUGUACACGGUGCGUUUUCGAACCGUUUUUCGUUGUCACUUUCGCGAAGCGAAUGCUCGUUGUUCACCUCCAUACCCAGUUUGAUUGAAUUGAUCUAUGCUUUCUCGCGAACCCCCCACGAGAACUCCAAAUCGUACUAACUUAGGACAAAUUGUAGACAAUUUAUUAUUAAAUAAAAUGAAAAAUAAAUCGACAUUUGAAACGAAA